CUGGUGGAGCUGCUGUCCCAGCUGGGAGCUGAUGGUCUGCUGAUGGAGUAUGAGGACAUGUUUCCUUAUGAAGGAGUGCUGCAGCUGCUGCAGACUACAGUUCAGCCUGCUUACAGCCGACAGGAAGUGUUGUCUAUGCAGGAGUUUGCCAAAUCMAGAGGUAUGGAGGUUAUCCCCCUGGUGCAGACCUUCGGUCACAUGGAGUUUGUGUUGAAACAUCGCUCCAUGUGGCACCUCAGAGAGGUCCCRCACUGUGUGGGCACCCUGAAUCCCCACAAACAGGAGGGGGUGGAGCUGGUGCUGGAGAUGCUGAGGCAGGUGGUAGCUCUGCAUCCUGGUCUCAGGACCAUACACAUGGGAGCAGAUGAGGUGUACCUUCUGGGUGAGGGGGAGGAAUCAAAGCUCUGGCUGGCUUCAUCAGGACACACAGUGGAGGAACUCUUCCUCAGUCACGUGACCAAAGUGGCCAAGGCUAUAAAGGAGAUGUGUCCUCACUUGACCAUCAUCAUGUGGGACGAUAUGAUGAGAGGCAUGAGUCAGGACACAAUAAAAGCGAGCGGUCUGGUGGGACUGGUGCAGCCAAUGUUGUGGGACUACAGCCCUAACCUGGAUGUGGACAAAACUGGUAUGUGAGAGGUUGGUUCAGCCCCCACCAUCAACACAGGAAGACUGUAAACCCCCUGAUCUGCAUGCAGCUGCACAGCCAGGCCUCUGGCUAUGUGCAAACGUUAGAGAAGAAGGCAGAGGCAGUGAGAAAAGAGAUGCUGGAGCUUUACCACGACUCCACAGCUCAGGAGUGGACAGAAGAACAUGUCAGGCCUGUGGUGGCUCCACUGCAGCAGCUGACACAACACAUCCAAGCCUGUGUGCAGGAAAUGAUGCC